CUCAUCAUGAAGUUUUAUCUCUGCAUCUUGGCCUUAAGUUUGGAGGCCUGCUUUGCUGCUCCAGGCCUCGACCCUGCUUUCGAUGACCACUGGCAACUAUGGAAAACAUGGCAUGGCAAGGAGUACCAUGAGAAGGAAGAAGGCUGGAGGAGAAUGAUCUGGGAGAAGAACUUGAAGAUGAUUGAAUUGCACAACCUGGACCACAGCCUGGGCAAGCACAGCUACACACUAGGAAUGAAUCAGUUUGGAGAUAUGACUAAUGAAGAGUUUAGCCAAGUGAUGAAUGGCUUCAGAUUCACUGAAACAGAAAGGAAAUACACAGGUUCACUCUUCCUUGAGCCAAACUUCUCGGAGGCUCCAAAGUCCGUUGACUGGCGGGAGAAGGGAUACGUAACUCCCGUGAAGACUCAGGCUCACUGUGGCUCUUGCUGGGCCUUCAGUGCGACUGGAUCCCUUGAAGGACAGCACUUUCGCAAAACUGGCAAGCUGGUCUCUUUGAGUGAACAGAACCUCAUGGACUGCUCUUGGCCUGAAGGAAAUGAGGGCUGUCAUGGGGGCGACACAAUCGCGGCUUUCCAGUAUCUAAAAAGAAAUGGUGGCAUUGAUUCAGAGGACUCCUACCCAUACAUUGCAAAGGAUAGACUUGAAUGCUUGUACAAGCCUGAAUACAAAGCUGCGAAUGAGACUGGCUUUGUGAGAAUCCCAUCAGGACAUGAAAAGGCCCUCAUGAAGGCCGUGGCUGCAGUAGGGCCAAUAUCAGUGUCUAUUGAUGCACAUCAUCACAACUUCCGUUUCUAUAAGUCAGGUAUUUUUUAUGAACCGACGUGUUCUACUUGGAAUUUAACUCAUGCCGUUCUUGCUGUUGGCUAUGGCUUUGAGGGUGCAGAAAAAGACAACAAGAAGUACUGGAUUGUAAAAAACAGCUGGAAUAAAACUUGGGGUGACAACGGCUAUAUCUUGAUGGCUAAAGACAGAAAUAACCACUGUGGAAUAGCCACACGUGCGUCUUAUCCUCUAGUAUAA